AAUCCCGCCCCCGGAGCUAUGAUUGACAGGGAAAGGAACUCCGCCUCCGAGGACAAUGACUGACAAGACACUGCGCCUCCGCCUCCUGGGUCAAUGACAGAGAAUUCAGCCUGACCUCCACAUUGACAGCCGCAACUGCAGUCAGCGGGUCAUCAUGGCGUUCGUCAGCCGCCAGUUUCUCCGCUCCAUGUCCUCCGCCCAGAGCGCGGCCAUCAAACACAUCACGGUGAUCGGCGGCGGCCUGAUGGGCGCUGGCAUCGCACAGGUAGCUGCUGGAACAGGACACACAGUGAUACUGGUCGAUCAGGCUGAUGAUAUCCUGAAGAAAUCAUUGAAGAAAAUUGGAGACAGUGUUGCACGUAUAAGCAAAAAGAAAUUCACAGAUAAGCCUGAGGUGAUGUUUUGACCUUAAUGAACUUUA